AUGAGAACGACCCAAAAAGAACUUCUAAGUUCUACCUCUCAACCCAAAGGGUCAACAGGUUUGUAUGCAGCUCUGCAGAAAGAAAGGACAGCAACUAAAUCGCUUCUGACCUCAGUUGGCAAGCAGGUCAUAGGAAAAUCAAAAAAAGCAGUUACUGAAUUCAGAGAAAACCAAGACAUGAAAGAAGCGCUUAUAGGCGAGGUUCGAGGGUUAAGCAACUAUAGACCUCCUGAGAAAAAUGAAAGGAUCGAGACGAUGAUCCAGAAGCAAAAAGAGUCAAGAAGACUAAGACAUUUGAACCUGCUUAAGGAGUUUGAAGGCUGAAUUGAAGCUUUGUAUGAUAAUUUGGCUCACAGUGGAGAAGAUAUGAUUUUUAAGUGGGAGCAGUUUGCAAAAGCAAGCCAGGAUGAUCUGGAUAAGAUGCUUGAUGGCUUAUCCGAUGAUGUUUUAUUAUCAAAAGAACUUGAAUGACUUAAAGCAGCUUUCGACAACUAUGAUAACCACCUAAAGAAAAGGAGAGAAGAAGCUGAGACGUUAAGAUCAGGCUUAUUCAAGCUAGAAAAAGACAGGCAAACCUCAGUUGAUAGCUUCGUAAAUCUUCUUAAAGAUCAGCUCAUCGAAAUCGCGUUUAUGCUGGCACCAGAAGUAGAAGUCCUUGUUGGCGAAAAAAGGUCAUUUGUGAUGCAAACGGUAGAGGAAAGAGAAAAGCACAUAAUUGGUCUUAUGGAAAAGUUGUGGGCAGGCGAAGAGAUUUUAAGAGAAACUUACAAAGAAAGAAUUGAAGCAAAAGAGGAAAUGUGAAGAACUGUCCAUCACGAUUAUACGCUACAGCAGUUUAAAAUCACUAUGACAAGCAGUCGAUUUGUUAAUCCUGAAGAAAGGAUAAACAUGUUUAAAGACUUGAAAGGCAAACAAGUAGAAAUUUUCCAAAAAAGACUAGAGUGACUGACUAGGCUAGGGAAUAUCUGUGCUGAAGAACUCACGCAGGAAAAAGUUGAGGGCUUUAUAGAUAAAAUUUCUAAGCUCAAUAAUAAUGCUCAGCUUAUUUAUGAUGAAAAAAUUUCGAAAAUAGUGAAUUUGCAAAGCAAAAUUGAUUCAGAAGCUGAUGAUUUGUUGGAAAUUACCAAAAAUAAGCUGGAAUUUUAUGCAGCGAAGAUCAGUUAUGAAAGCUUAGAUAAGCUAGUAGACACUGAGUGCCAAGUAUUAGUAGAUGCCAGGAAAAACGAAAGCAAAAAAUUACUAACCAAGUCAAUAAAAUACCUAGAAGACACAGAUGUGAGGGCAAAUGAUAUUUGCAAUGUUCUAGGCAACUUUUGGAAAGGAAUGGCUGUUAUCUAUGAUGAACAGCGUAAAAAGCAAAUAGAAGAAGAAAAGAAAUAUGAGCUGGAACUUGCCACACGGGGAGAUCAAAAUGAUGAAAAUUUAGACACACUUGAAGAAAGGUUUAAAGAAAAUGUGGAUAAAUUAACAAAGACAGUUACCCCAGAAGAGCUUGAAGAAAAACUUAAGACUUGCUUCGCUAUUUUAGAUGAUAUUGGCACUGAAUACCGCUCUUAUACAGAAAAUGUAGUAAAUGUCAUAAAUAAUCAUGGAAAUAUUAUUGCAAAUUGCUAUGGAGUCUUCUUUCAAAGGCUAGGUGAAAAAUUCGGCAUGAUGCCUCUAGAAAAGAAAAAUGACUAUUUUGAGCAGAUUCGACAAGCAAAGCUGAAAGAAUAUGAAGAAGAAAAGCAAAAAUUAAUUGAAGAGGGAAAGAAAAAGGCUGGAGGAAAAAAGGAAGAAGAGCCAAAAUUUGAAAUGCCAGUGCUAGAAGAAUGGGAAUACUCUGAAACCAAGUGGUUUUAUGUCAGAAAUGUCAAAAAUAUCAUGGAAGAAAUGCUAAUUACAGAUGAAGAUAGAGAGCAGGAAAGAAUUCGACUCCAAAAAGAAGAAGAGGCAAGGAAAAGAGAAGAAGAAAGAAAAAUCGCAGAAGAGAUUGCAAAAAAAGAAGAAGCUAGGAAUAGAGGGAAAAAGCCAGACCCAAAGAAAGCUGAAGAGAAAAAAGUGGAAAUUGUCCAGCCUUCACCAGAAAUUGUAGAAAUUGUUGAAGAUCCUGUGCCUAUUGAUCCUGAAGGGAAUCCUUGUUUAGAAACAAAUGUAUUUAUAACUUAUGAAAUUCUAUCUAGUGAAAUUUUGAAAUUAAGAGAAAAAUCAAUAGACUACGUGAAAUCUGAAAAAGCACAAAAAAUAGCUACAGCUUCAAAACUUGAUAAAAAAUUAAAAGAAGCUUGUGUUAAUGAAUUAGACGAAAAACUCAGGUAUUUAUGGCCUAGAAAGGGAAAACUUGAAGUCAAUGAAUAUACAGCAAGGUCUAGCGAAAUUCGUGGGCAUCAUAAAAGAUAUGAUAGGUAUCUUGAAGAAUUCAAAAAAAAGAAAGACUCCAAUGUAGCUGAAUUCCAAAGCUUGCUGGAUGAAGCCAAUAAUAUGCUAGUCAGUUAUAAAGUAUCGCAAGACCAGCUAAGAGCGCAAUUGCCAAGUGGCACAAGUUUAGCUGAGCUUCAAGGCUUGCUAAACAGAGCUAAAGACAAUGACUUAUCAGUCUAUCAAAAAGGGAGAAAAAUUAUUGCAAGGCUUGAUGAGCUGAACAAUAUAGAAAUUUCUUCAUUUUCUCAACAAAAUGAAAAAUUCAUUUCUGGGCUGCAACUUAUAGAGCAAGGCGGCCAAUAUUCAGUUCCUGAAGUAGAAUUCUAUAGAUCAAAAACCAAUGCGCUUGAUCAAGAAUUGGGAGAGCUGCAAGGAAAAAGAAGAGACGUAAUAGAAGCUUUGAAAAAGAAACUUGAGAUUGAAAGAGUUGAGCCUAUUAAAGCAUUUGAAAAUAAUUUAAUUAAAUUGUUAAACUGGGCAUUGGUGAGCAAGCCCACUAGCCUUUGCCUCGUCUCGUCUCCAAAAUAAAGUUUCCAUAACUCUUAGAGUUCGAAUCAGGAAAAAUGAAAGACUGUUCGACCUGAGCCACCUGUUCAAGGGAGACACCUGUAUAAUACCCUGAUGGUCCUGACAAGGGGAACUAUGUGGUAGGUAAAACAUUUCCAUCUUGUAGAGAAUGGAAAACCUUCGAGGGAGAAACAAACUUUCCUCUUCGACACGGCAUUCCCAAGACUGAAGGCCUACUUAAAAAGGAACGGAGGCACUACUUUUAGCUUCAUCAGGAUGUAUCCUACAUGCUUCUUAGGGAAUCCCACCUCGGAGACUAACUUCCGUCACCAUCUGCAUUUAUUCCUUUUACAUUUGAAAAGGAAUAUGCUAUAAGUAUGGAAAACCUAUCAGCAAGGGAAGGAAUUGGGAAAAAAUAUAGAGCACCGAAAAGAAAUGCACAAGAAAAAAUUACCGGAGAAAUGACUAAAUGCGAGAGAGCGCAAGGUGGAAUUGACAAUACAAUUGUUGAUUUAGAAAGAUUAGUAGAAGAGUAUAAAGAUAUUAUUGCAGCUAAAGCUGAACCCAGGUUUUCUACCAGAACUCCAUCAUUAGCAAUAGAGAUAAGAAGGACUCUGAUUUCUCUUACUCUCCCCGCUUUAAAUUGGAACAAAAAAUAAUGUUUCAAUUUAAAAGGGUUGGUUAAUUUUUUUUUAAAAAUAAUUAUUUAAAUUUUUUUCCUUUAUACUUAAAAAUCUUAAAAACACAUAAAAUUAAUUUUAUUUAUUUAUAUGAAAGAAUUAAAUAAAAAAGAUCGAUUCAGCAUAAUAAUUUGAAUUUUAAUUUAUUUUAUGUAGAAUUAAAUUAAAAAAAUGAUUGAUUCAGUGUUGGAACUGUUUAAAAUAGCAUUCUAAUUGCAUUUUAUCUAUUAAAUUAGGUCAAUAAAACUAUCUUCAACUUUAAUUUCUUUAAAAAAAUAUCGUUAUUUGUAGAUUUUUGAACUUUACCACCUAAGUGUGGAAUUUUUUCCGCGUGUGAAAAGAGGAUUCCACAUGUGAAAUCAAAAGGGCUCCACACGUGAAAAACACCUUUUCACACGCGCAAAAAAUUCCACACUUAGGUGGUAAAGUUCAAAAAUCUGCAAAUAACGACAUAAUUGAUUGCAAUACUAUUAAUUUUAUCAAGAAUAAAAAAGAAUUAAUCAUUUAGUGUGAGAAACUGUUUAAAUAACAUUCUACUUGCAUUUUAUCUAUUUAAUUAGGUCAAAACUAAUUUUAUAAAAAUUAGUACUUUCAUCGAUCAAAAUUUUCCUAUUGAAAAGCAAAUUGGUAAAAAAUUUAAAGGGUUUAAAUUACCCAAAAAAUGCAAAUUUUAUUUGAUGCUUUGUUCCAAUUUAAAUGGGGGAGUUAGAGCUUGCAUGCAAAAAUAUGGAUCUCAUAUAUCAGCAUUUAAAGAAGAAGCUGGAAUUCAGGCAUUGAAACCAAUGACCUGGCGAGAAGAUUUGCCAAAUUUAAAUCCAGCUCCUGAAGAAAUCCUCCAAGAAGCUUCGAGACUUGAGCUUCUUUUAUCACCGCUUUUUGAAAUUGGAGUCUCCAAGCAGCCGACCAAUUUCUGACAAAAAAUCCUUGACAUAGAGAAAAUCGCCCGUGAAGAAACCCUUAAACUUUAUCCAGGAAAAGGCGCCCAAGUCCCUGAUUUCAUGGAGAAAUAUUUAAGAAAAAUGAAAUCGUCAGUAGAAGAUUUCAGAUUGAAAAGAAUUAAGGCACUUAGAGAAUCUGCUGAAAGGGUAACUGAACUUGAAUCAAUUUUAGCUGAAUGCACUAUUAAUUCAUUAGAGCUUGGGAUGGAGUUUGUCUUCGAGCAGGACAUUGAAAGAAUUGAAUCAACUCUUAUGGUGAACUACGAAAAUGAUGAAAAACUUAAAGAGAAGCACCAAAAGCUAUUAAGGCCAAAUCUUUCUAACCCCAGCUGUAGAGCAGAGCUAGAAGAAAUCAAUAAAAAUGAAGAAGAAAGGUGCGGAAGAGCCAAAAAACUUAUAAAAGACGCCUAUGAUAAUUUCUUGAAGAGCGUUAGGAAAAAUGCAGAUGAGUUUAAAAUAAAGCUUUUAAAUAAUACUGAGGCACUGUUGUUCUUGUAUGACAAUUUAUUGAUAAAACAAGACUUUAUUAUGCUUCCCGGUGACGAGCAAGAAGAACCAAAAAGAAGCAACAUCAAAAGAUUGGCAAGAAAGAAAAAAUCAGCAAAGCCAGGAGAAGUUGUAGGACCGAGGGGUUAUAAGAAAACAUGGCCAGGACUGCAAUUAAACGUUUUGAAACUUCCUGAAGAGCCGAAUAUUUCAGACUCAGCACCUAUACAAAGCUAUAAACAUAUUGGGCAUAAAUCCUUGAUUAAAAUCAGAAAUGAAGCUUUUAGGGUAUUUUCUUUACUUUUUGAGACCAAACUGAGAGAGUAUGUUCAUAAAUUCACAGAGAUGCUUACAGAGGAAGACAAGUGGGAAGACAAAUGGAAAAUUUCGGUUCAUUUUUUGAGAACAAAAAAUACUUAA